AUGGAGGGAUUGGCUAUUGGCGUGUGCCGCAUGAAAUCUGGUGAACGUGCCUUGUUACAUGUGGGUUGGGAAUUGGGCUAUGGCAAAGAAGGAAACUUCUCGUUCCCAAAUGUUCCUCCCAUGGCGGAUAUUUUAUAUGAGGUUGAGCUUAUUGGUUUUGAUGAAAUUAAAGAGGGGAAAGCUCGUAGUGACAUGACAGUAGAGGAAAGGAUCGGUACCGCUGACAAAAGAAAGAUGGAUGGAAAUGCUUUGUUCAAGGAGGAAAAACUGGAGGAGGCUAUGCAACAGUAUGAAAUGGUUACAAACUGCUGUUCUGGAUACUCCUCCUCUUCUAGUAUUAAUUAUUUUUCUGAGUGA